AUGGAGGAGGAGAAGAAUGAAAUAGAAACCGACGCUUCUCUGCGCUUUGUUUUUCCAAAAUGGCUUGGUCAUAGCAGUAAACCAGUCUCAUCAAUUGAUAUUCACCCAUCAGGAGAGUUUUUCGCCACUGGCGGAUGGGAUAAUUUUUGCAAAAUUUGGGCGCUAAAAGCAAUUUCCGAAACUAAACAUGAAACAAAAACAAAAUUACUUGCCGUACUUCGUGACCAUACUAAACCAAUCAACUGCGUAAGAUUUAGCCCCGAUGGAAAAUAUCUUGCAACAGGUGGUGAUGAUGGCAUGGUUUUCCUAUGGCAGAAGGUUAGAUGCUUCGGUCAACCAUCUACAUUCGGUAUUCCUGAUAGCGCACUUCAACCAAACCACCCAGUUCAAAGAUGGCAGUCUAAAUCAUUUACAGGCCAUACAGGAGAUAUCACAGGAGUCUCAUGGUAUCCAGAUUCUACCAAAAUCGCUUCAUGUUCAAUUGAUGGAAUAAUUUACGUUUGGGAUAUUAAAUCAGCUUCAAAACUAUUCCAGUAUAAUACAACAACAAAAAUGGGUGUAAGCUCAAUAUCAAUCGAUCCGCUUGGUAAAUUCAUUGCCGCACAGCUUUUAGAUGGUACAUUAGAUAUUUACGAUCAUUCUACAGGUUUCCAUAGCUUUUUCGGCGAACAAUUCAGACAACCAGAUCAAGCUAUGGUUUCCCGUAUUUGCUGGACCCCAGAUGGCUCAUUUGUUGGUGUUACAUCCGCAAAUUCCGGUGGUUUCGUAUCACCUUUCUUCAGGAGAGAGACAUUUGCAUUUGGAUUCAUGUUGGAAGGUCACGUAGCUGCUACAUGCUGCAUUUCGUGCCCUCCUUACCUAUUUAGAAAUAAAAACGGAUCUUAUUCCUCUUUGAUGGCCUGCGGUGAUAAAGGAGGUGUCAUUUCAAUCUGGAUGAUUGGUGAUGAUACAAAACCACUCGUUGUUCUUGAUGGAGUUUCAACUUCUACGAUCAAUGAUAUGGCAUGGACAAAUGAUGGUCAUUGGCUUCUUGUCGCUCUCGAUUUGAACCCAGUAAAUAGACAAGGAGGCAUUGUUGCCUUCGAUUUAUCAAAUGUCCAUAAUUUGGAAAGAGUAGAUAACGAAUCCAUGGAAGAAAUCAAAUCGCACUUGCUUGGCGAGAACUCGUUCAGAGUCAGAAUGAACCAGAGCACCAAGGCAACCCAGCUUUUGCACUCUCUCGAGACAGAAGAAAAAGAUGUAAAUUUGGAAGUCCUCCAAUUGACUCCGGAAGAAGUUUUAGCACGUCAAGUUGUCAUUGUAAAGGAUGGUAUCAAACAUAUCACCCCUGUUUUGCUUACAGCCGUCGAACGCCAGAUGAUUUCAUUCAAAAUGGAAGUUGAGUCAACAGCUAUACCAGCUACGUCAUCAGAAUAUAACAUUCCAGUUAAGCCAUGGCAGAAACCAGCUUCAAUUCAAGGAAUUGUUAACAAAACUUUGGAUAUCGGAGAUUUCCAUUUAAUUACUUACAGCGGAUAUCUCAUGAAGCUUGAUGCAUCGACAGGACGUCGUCUGUCUACACCUUUCUACAUAGGAGAUUUCUGCAGACACCUUUCCCAUAAAGAUGGAGUAAUUUUAGCGGUCGGAAAUCUCUGUUACCUUAUUAAAUUAUCGGAUAUGACUGAAAUAUUGAGAUGCUCUGCUCCCACCAACUUUACUGGCUUCAGUCUCCUUGAAAAUAACGUAAUUACAGCUCAUGCAAAAGGAAGACACUGGAUAUACGAUAAGGACUUCGGGGAAUGGAGAGGAGGAGCUGUUAGCACAGAUGCUUCCGAUUUAUCCAUUGAAGAAAUCGAAUCUCUUGUCUCCGAACAAAAUUCUGUUCAAUGGUUCGAUUUAGGAGCUACAGCUGUUUUCCAGGCUUUUAUGGGACAGAACGAUAAAGCAGCAAACAUCGUUCAAGAGCUUUCCCAACACCAAGACCAAGAUUUGUCAAAGAACUUCGUUUCAUCCCUCAAACAGGUUUUGGAAAACAGAUGGAAUAUUUCUGUUGAUUAA